AGGAGGAGGAGGAGGAGGAGGAGGAAGAAAAAGGAGGAUAUAAGAGAGCGUGUUCUGUCUCUACUGCAACUCCUGGCAACUUGUUCUCAAGCAAGUUUCUCCUCCAGUCUGCGCUCGCGUGCCAGGCCAAGGACGCGGCGUGUCUUCUACUUGUUGUUGUUGUUGUUGUUCUGCUGCUGCUGCUGUUGUGUUGAGAUGCAGCCGAGCAGCAGCAACGAGAUGUGGGAACGUUGGAGUGUGACGUCCAAGCAAGUGUACAACAACCCCAAGGUGACGCUGCUGAUGAACUCGAGAGCGGUGGCGUACCUGAGCGGGCGCCCGCUGCUGGCGCUGGCCGCCGUCUUCUUCUGCGCCACGGCCGCCGUGCCCGUGGCGCUCUUCCUGGUUUUCGCCGCGGCCACGCUCGUCGUGUCGGCUGUCGCCUUUCUUCUCGUGGAAGGCUUUUUGCUGUCGGCGGCGGCGGCGGGUCUCCUGUGCGCUCUGGCCGGCGCCGCCUUCUUCUCCGCGGCGGCGGCGGCCAUGUUCUCCGCCUUUUACGUGGCCGUCUCCAACGUCGUCAACUACUAUUACCCGCAUCUCGCAAAGGUAGCCAAAGAGUACGAGACGGAUCAGCAGGAUGAGAUGUCGCCCGACGACACCCCGCAAUAGUUCUCAUCUUCUUUUUAAUCUGCGCCAAAUAUGAGACGCAGCUCACACGUCAGACCCGCGGAACUUUUUAUGAACUAUUUUAUGGCAAAAUGCCCAACAAUAUUCCUGACACAUCAAAAAUGUAUUUCCAUUUUAUCACGUUACAGCACAUUUGAAAUUGAUUUGAUGUGAAAUGAACAACAAAGCUGUUACACAACAUUUUGUGUGUGUGUUAAAACUUUUAAUAAAAUC